AUGGCGUCAAGUAGCAGCAACUCUCAGGCAGGAGUUUCGGGACCAGCAGUGCCCAUCUUCGAUGGAGAAGACUAUGAUUUAUGGUGCCUUAUGAUGAAGACUCUCUUCAUAUCACAAGAACUUUGGGAGCUAGUUGAAAAGGGAUUUUCGGAGAAAGAAGAAGAAGCCAAGGUGAGAGAGAACAAGAAAAAAGAUGCUAAGGCACUUUUCUUUAUACAGCAAGCACUCUCUCGGCCUAUCCUUGCUCACAUAGCCUCAGCAAACACUACAAAUGAGGCAUGGACUACUUUGAAGAAGGUAGUUCAGGGAAAUCCCAAGGUGGUGGCGGUCAAGCUCCAAACAUUGAGGCAAGACUUCAAAAAUCUCAGGAUUAAGAACACUGAGACAAUCCAAAACUAUAUUGCAAGGGUUUUGGAGCUAUCAAACCAGAUGAAAGGCUUGGGAGACACCAUUCCUGAAGCCAUGGUUGUUGGGAAGUUGCUAAGGAGCUUAGGAUCCAAGUUUAAUCACGUUGUUACCGCCAUUGAAGAGUCCAAGGACCUCACGAAGCUCACAAUGGAAGAUGUGAGUGGCUCUCUAAUAGCUCAUGAAGCAAGGUUAUUAAGGCAAGUUGAUGAUCAGGUUGAGAAAGAAGAGAAAGCCUUCAAUGUUAGAAGUGAAGCAGUGGGAGUCAAAGACAGAGAGAAGUAUGCAUCUAAAGGUCGAGGAAGAGGUUUCUCUCGAGGGAGAUUCCGAGGAAAGAGGAAGAGGACGAUCAAGCGAGAAUGGGCAGCAACAAGGAGAACAAAGGAGUUAUAA